AUGGGAAUAUCAGUUCCUUUUUUCUACCCUUUAAAGUAGAAAAUCAUCCUUCAAUUACUGACUUCCUCAAUUUUGCUUAGAUUUUAUCAAGGUUUUGCAGAUGCGCACAUUCUGGUAGCUAGUUUCGCUAUUGCAUCUGCAGAAUUUAAAAAAAAUAGAGGAGUAGUAAUAGGUUAUAUGGAAGCUGGAGUUGGAUUUGGAUUUAUGAUGGGAGCUCCAAUAGGAUAAACCUUAUAAAACUUAAUGAGCUACUAGUUUAUUUUCUUUGGAUUUGGAGCAUUUCAAUUUUUUCCAGCCAUGUUUGCAGCAAUUUUACUCCCAGAAAGGAUGAAUAAGUCUAUUGAUGACUAAAUUGAUAACUUGGAAGCAAAGGAUAUAAAAGAUGUUUGUUAUGGAAAUAUUUUGAAAAACAAGAAAGUCUAGAAUUUUAUUUUUUUUACUAUAAUUGGAAUGGUAGUCAUGUUAUUUAAUUAAAUGCUGAUCACAAGAUAGUUAGUAAAGUUAGGUAUCCCACGAAAAUUUACAGGUAAUUACACUUUUUUAAUGAAUAUUAGGUUAUGUAAUGGGUAUAAAUGGGCUAGCAUAUUUUAUUUUUUGCAUCAUUUGUGGAAUUUUGGUUGA